CAGGCCCGCAGCAACGGGAAAUUUUUGCACCGGAGCUCCACCGCAGCACCGCAGUUGUUUUUUGUGAUCGAAAAUGGCGCUCGCCUCAGCAAAGCAACUUCUCGAUGAAUUAAUGGGCCGGGAUAGGAAUCUCGCGCCUACGGAGAAGAAGAACACUUGCAACUGGGAAGACCCCGACGUGUGCAAGCACUUUCUCGCAAAGUUCUGCCCCAAUGAUCUCUUCGUGAACACCAAGGCUGACUUGGGACCGUGCAACAAAGUUCAUGACGACAGGCUGAAGAGAGAGUAUGAGGCAAGCCCCCGGUACCGUCAGGAAGGCUACGAGGACUCCUUUCUCCAGUUCUGCCAGUCCAUGCUCUCAGACGUCGAAAAGCGUAUCCGGAGGGCGCGGCAGCGACUGCAACUCAGCAACCAAGAGGGCGGCGUGGUGAUCAAGACGAAAGAGCCGGCGGCCCCGACGGACGAGCGGGUGAUCGUGCUGAACGAGCGCAUCCAGGGUCUGCUGCAGCAGGUGGAGCAGCUGGGCUGCGAGGGCAAAGUCGAGGAGGCGCAGGGCAUCAUGAAGCUCUGUGACCAGCUCAAGGAAGAGCGCAAGUCUCUCGACAAGGACUCUGACAAGGCACAUUGGCUCAGGCAAACGGCAGAGCUGGCAGCUGCCCAGGAAAAGCAGAUGGAGGUGUGCGACAUCUGCGGAGCCUUUCUCAUUGUUGGUGACGCGCAGCAGCGUGUUGACGACCAUCUCAUGGGCAAGCAACACAUGGGCUACGCCAAGCUCAAGGAAGCCGUUGAGGAGAUUCUGAACCGGCGCGAAAAGGAGCGAGAGGAAAAGGAAAAGCAGCGGGAGCGUGAAAGGGAACGGCGGCGGAGGCGUGAGGAAGACGACACUCGAAGCAGCCGGCGAGGGCCCGAACUGGCACGGGACGAUCGGAGGGACCGUGACGAGAAGCGGCACAGAAGUAGGUCCCCACGUGAUGACCGUAGAGAGCGUUUAGAUGACAAGAGGGACCGUACGGAUGACAGAAAGCGUGACGACGACCGCAAACGGGACGACGACCGGAGACGAAAUGAUGAGCGCAAGCGUGACGAGGACCGCAGGCGAGAGGAUGAUCGUAAGCGUGACGACGAUCGGAAGCGUGAGGAAGACCGUAAGCGGGAUGAGGACCGCAAGCGGGACGAGGAUAGGAAACGAGACGAGGACCGCAAGCGUGACGAGGAUCGGAAACGUGACGAAGACCGCAAGCGCGAUGAGGACCGGAAGCGCAGUCGACGAGAUGACGACAGGAGCCGGCGGGAUGACGACCGGAGCAGAAGAGAUGAUGACCGGAGUCGGCGGGACGAUGAGCGGAGCAGCAGCAGUCGCCACGAUGAUGACCGGAGUAGUAGGAGCGACCGCAGUUCCCACCGAGACUCACGGGACUCGCGGUCAUCUGGACAUGACCGAGACAAGUACCACAGCAGCAGUAGCAGCAGCAAGAGCGACCGGGACUCACACCGCAGCUCAUCUUCUAGGGUGAGCAAUGGUGACUCCAGCCCCCGUCACUGAGACGUCAAGUGAGUUGCUGGGGAUGACAGCGUUCUGGUUGAAAACCCGGCAAGCAGGAAAGCACUGGUGGAAGCAGCGUCUACGCGCGCAGGCGUUGUGCCGGCAGCGACGUCCACAUGGCAGCCCAACCCACACAGCCGCGAAAUGCAAGGAACAAAACAAGAACCCGCCGAGCCUCUGCCAUCCGUUUCACCGAAAGAAGGUGCUCCUUUGCUUUCUGUUUUGCCUCACGUCUUAAGUUGAGAGAGCGAAAAAGAAAACCACGUUUCCCGUUUCAUCAAGUCUAUUUCUUCCUUUCUGUGUUCUCCCCCACCCCCUCCCCAUCAUUACAAACUGCACUCAUCGAUCCCCCUUUCCAUUCUUUGCAUCAACCUAGUUUGUCUUUACGUUAACAUGGACAGUCACGUGAACGCAGAAUUUUGCAGUGUGAUUGAGUUACUUUGUUUUUACAUUACUGCACUCUCGCCAUCUGAGUUGAGAAAUAAAGAGUGGUGUUGUAGCAGUGCUA